AUGGAUCAGACAGUGAUUGUCCCGUCGACUCCUCGUGGAAGUGCUAUCGACAACGCGAGGAUCACGAUGAAGAACGAGUCAGACUCGAGUUUGCAUCUUCAAGAUCAGUCCACCGUCGCUCAUUCGAACUCCGCUACAGUGGUACCACGGACGAAUUUGUCCAUGACCAGUGGCUUGAAUCAGGAUCAAAGUUUAGAUCCGUUGAUGUGCAACCCGACUAACACAGAGUUGCCGAGGAAACCUGGAGCACGUCGUCAGGAGAAACCUCCGUACUCGUACAUCGCGUUGAUCGUAAUGGCGAUCCAAUCGAGUCCAGGAAAGAAGUUGACACUUUCAGAGAUAUACUCCUUUCUUCAACAACAUUUUCCCUUCUUCCGUGGCGCUUAUCAAGGCUGGAAGAAUUCCGUGCGUCACAAUCUAAGCCUGAACGAGUGUUUCAUAAAGCUACCAAAAGGAUUGGGAAGACCAGGAAAGGGUCAUUAUUGGACGAUCGAUCCGUCGACGGAGUACAUGUUCGAAGAAGGAAGUUUUCGUCGAAGACCACGAGGCUUCCGUCGCAAGUGUCAGGCUCUGAAGCCUCAGUAUCCUCAGUACUUCUCUGGAAGUGGUCCGGUGAGCGUUCAGACGCCGGGAUACGAGAAUUUGACACCUGGAAGUAUGGAGUACGCGAACGGAUACCAGAAUCAAUAUCAAAAUUACCAGGAAUACGCGAUGUACGCACCUGGUGCCGCGGUCUCGGCCGAUUGGGCCUAUCCUGAGACCACGUACAAGACACCACCUAUAGCGGAAGUGACUUACAAGACAACGGAAGUUACGUAUAAAACUGGAGAACCGUCUGUGUAUAGAAACGGUGAAAUUGUAGCGUUCAAAAGCGAACCCGGUUACGCAGCCAGGAGUCAAGACCAGUUGUCUUACAGAGGUACGGACGGUUUCUCCGUGAAGGACCAUCAGCAGCAUCAUCCAGAGUCGGUUUAUAAGGAGAACGAGACUAUGAUGACCUAUAAGUGCCCGUCUAAUCCCGCGCCAACCACUCAAGCACCUGGACAGGAUUAUUACGUCGGUUACGGGCUUGCUGGAGUUAAUAACGCUGGAAGUAACGUGAACGUCGCUAUGCAGGGUAUUCCGGAACAGACUGGCAAUAGCAGCCCCGUUGGGAACGUCAGUUCACCGCACAGUGGAUGCCAGACACCUGUAACAGAUAAUGGUAUAAAGAUGCAAUGUUCGAACUCGAAUUCGAACAGUUCUGGAGGUGGACUGAUCGACCGCAAGCCAUCCUACUUCGGUCAUCCAGCCGGCUCUGUUACCUUGAGCUCCUUAAGCUCCCUAAGCUCGCUCAACUUGAGCAACAUCGGCGGCUUGAGUAUAUCGAACAUACCUGGCACAGUUUCCUCCAACAUUCAUCACACGACGACUGCACCACCGACGACGAUGUAUUACGAUCAGAUCAAGUACAGUAUGUGA